AUGGCUGACCUGCAGCGCGCGGUAUCUGCUGCUGUGCGCGAGGAGCGGAGCGGGCACGCGAGCCAGAGCAACUCCCCGCGUGUUGCUCAGACCCCCGUGGCACCCCUUCCGACUGCGCCUCCUGCCCAGGGUGCCCCUCGUCUUCCUGCAACUGUUCCUCCUCCUCAUGUUCCCGCCGCUUCAACCCCGCAGCUGGGGAAUCACCGCCAGGCGCCGUGGGUCCCCCCUGCGGCGGGGGUCGAGUUUUUGACAGCGGCUGGUGGGCCCGUGACUGCACAAUACCCGUCCCUGCUGCCUGUUGAUCCCCCUCCCCCGUCUGCAGGUGCGGCGCACUCGUUCUCGGCCCUGCUGGGGCCUCAGCGUCCGGUCGCGGUGUCGGAGGUGACCCUUGGUCAGAUCUGGCGCCUCUCGGAGGCGCUGCGGGUCGUGCAUCUGGUGCAGAUGUAUGGUCAUGCCGCCCUGUCCCAGGGCGACUCACUGGUGGGCGGCCCUCGGGACGAUUGUUUCGCAGCUGCUGAUCGCCUCGCCGAGCUGCUAGCGCCCGUGUUGGCUGCGCCCGCGCCGGGUGGGCUUGCGGGGGUCGGGCCCCUUGGUUCGGCCGUGCGUGGGCUGCGGCGGUUGUUGCAUGCAGGGACUGGAUCCGGGGCGAUCGCCGCAGGCACGGUGUUGGUGCGGGAGCUCCAUCGCACGCUGUCGGGCCUGCUUGUUGUGUAUGACGCGGAUCAGAUGUAG